AUGGUCAAUAUUAGCUACGAUGCCUCGGGAUCUCUGGUCUCCAUCUACGACGUGACCGCGUACGAUUCCUCUGCUGGCGCCGAGGGCGUCGCCGUUUACAACAAUGGCGACAUGUCUUGGAUUUUGACCGCAGCGGUGAGCCCUCGUUCCGUCCAGUUGAGACAAUGACCAAAAAAAUGAAUAAUGCUCUUCUUCGUGUUACAAUAGGUCCUGGUCAUGAUCAUGGCCGCUGGUAUCGGGUAUCUUUACUCGGGCCUGCUCAGACGGAAAAACGCGCUGUCAAUGCUCAUGCUUUCGAUGGUGGUCUACUCGGUCGGUGCAAUUCAGGUGAGCAACUGAUCACUUUUUAGGAUUUUAUAUCUAGCAUCUGACACUGUAGAGACCUAUAGUGGAUGUUCUGGGGCUACUCACUCGCGUUCGGCGAAGGCUCAAUGUUCAUCGGCAAUCUCAAACACUUCGGCCUCAUCAACGUCCUCGACGCUCCUUCUGUCGGCUCGUCCAAGAUCCCAGCAUUGUUGUUCUGCGCCUACCAGUCGAUGUUCAGUUCCGUGACAGGUGUUAUUGUUAUUGCGGGCUUUGCGGAGCGAGCAAGAAUUCUCCCGAUCAUGAUAUUCACCUUCAUGUGGUCCACGCUCGUCUACGACCCCGUCGCUUGCUGGACUUGGAACGCGACCGGGUGGGGCUUCCAAAAGGGCGUUCUGGACUUUGCCGGUGGAGGACCUGUGCACAUGACUUCGGGAACUGCGACAUUCGUCGUAGCGCACUACCUUGGCCGCCGACGCGGUUAUGGAACGGCCAAGCUCGCAUACCGUCCGCACUCGGUCUCGCACGUCGUUCUCGGUACCGCCUUGCUUUGGUUCGGAUGGUUCGGCUUCAACGGUGGUUCCGAGCUGGCCAUGAACUUGCGUUCCGUUCAAGCGGCCCUGAUCACUAACUUGGCGGCGGUAAGCUCUUGUUGCUUUCCUCUGGCGCGCCGCGCAUCCUAUCAUCGUCGCGUUCUUUUGGCGACCAGCCCUCCCUCUUUCCCUCUUUCCCUCUUUCCCUCUUUCCCUCGCCUCCCCGGUCCCCGUUCCUGCCCCCCACAAAGCUGGAUUGUACCCAUACCUCCCAACUCAUCCUUCACUCGCAUCUCCACCCGUACCCCUACGGACUUCGAACGCGAUCGCUGACCUCGUCUCUGUCCUCCUCAUCACGAAUUGGCUGCGCAGGCAAUGGGCGGCUUGACCUGGAUGAUGCUAGACUACUACCACACGGGCAAAUACUCUGCUGUCGCGCUCUGUUCUGGUAUCCUUGCCGGCCUCGUCGGCAUCACCCCUGCAGCCGGAUACCUCGGUGCCCCGGCCGCUCUGGCCGUCGGCUUCGUUACGGCGAUCGUGUGCAACUUUAGCACCGGAAUCAAGGUCUUGUUGGGCGUCGAUGAUGCGGUCGAUGGGUUCGCGCUCCACGGUAUUGGCGGUUUCACUGGGGCAAUCCUGACCGGUGAGUCUUUUUUCUCAGACUUCUUUCUUCCAAAUACUAACUCUAGACCCUCUUCCAUUCACAGGCUUCUUUGCCGAUUCGCGCGUCGCCGGUUUCGACGGCUACACCGUCAUCGCGGGCAAGUUCAGCCCAGCAUUCGUUCACCCGUCUUCCCAAGCUCACUCCCACUCCUCUCUUGUUCCAGGUGGUUGGAUCAACAAACAGUAUAAGCAAAUGGGGUGGCAACUCGCGAGCGCGUUGGCGAUCAUCACCUGGACCGCAGUCUUGACCUAUAUCAUCCUCUUUGCGAUCGACCACAUCCCCGGUUUACACUUCCGCGCGACGGAGGAUCAGGAGAUUUUGGGCAUUGAUGAGACCGAGGUGGGUCUCGGUUGCUGUGGAUGGGUCUUUAUCAUCGAGACAGCGGUGCUGAUUCUUCGAAUCUAUCGUGUGUCUAUCAUUCUCUCCAGUGCGGCGAAACGGGCUACGACUUUGGUACGUCUUCUUCAGACCCAAAUGCUGCCUUGUUUCGAUCCGUUCUGAUACCUCCCUUAUCCCCGAACAGUCUUCAUGCGCCGCGACCUCGAAUCGCCCGAAGACGUCGACGCGCUCAACAACGGUGCGUCGUCGACACUGAGUCGUUCCUCGUCCGGUUCCAACGCCAAGGUCCCCGCCGAGAAGGCCCCUCUCGGAGCGGCCGAGACGUUGCCGAUUCAAACGAUCUAA